CUCUAUGUAAAGUAAACAAAUUGUUUUUUGAAUUUAUGUUGAUAAUUACAACUUGCACAAAGCACAACUUUCUUUAAGGUAAAGAAUAAAAUAUAGAAACAAGAAGAUGUCAGUUACAUUACACACAGACGUAGGUGACAUAAAAAUUGAAUUAUUUUGCGAGCAAUGUCCUAAAGCAUGUGAAAAUUUUCUGGCACUUUGUGCUAGUGAUUAUUACAACGGUUGCUUAUUUCAUAGAAACAUCAAGGGUUUCAUAGUUCAAACAGGAGACCCAACUGGUACAGGGAAAGGAGGAAAUUCAAUAUGGGGUAAAAAAUUUGAUGAUGAAUUUCGAGAAGAGCUCAAGCACAAUGCAAGAGGAAUAGUGAGUUUAGCAAACAAUGGACCAAACACAAAUGGAAGUCAAUUCUUCUUUACAUAUGCUGAACAACCACAUUUAGAUUUGAAAUAUACUAUUUUUGGAAGAAUUAUUGAUGGAUUUGAGGCCCUUGAUGAUUUGGAAAAGUUGGCUGUUAACCCCAAAACAUUCAAACCUUUAACAGAAGUUCGGAUUACAUCUGUCACAAUUCAUGCAAACCCUUUAGCAGGAUAAUAAAAAUUUUAUAAUCGAAA